GCCCGCGCACGUAGGCGCCGGUUUUAUGCGCGGGGGCGCGUACGUGCGCGUCCCCGCGUAGUCUUUGUGUGGCGCUAAUACAAUAACCAUGGCAGACGAGAAACCCAAGGAGGGAGUGAAAACCGAGAACAAUGACCACAUCAACCUAAAGGUGGCAGGACAGGACGGCUCGGUGGUGCAGUUCAAGAUCAAGAGGCACACGCCGCUCAGCAAACUCAUGAAGGCCUACUGCGAGAGACAGGGACUGACGAUGAGACAGAUCCGAUUCCGGUUUGAUGGGCAGCCCAUUAAUGAGACAGACACACCCGCACAGUUGGAAAUGGAGGACGAGGACACGAUUGAUGUUUUCCAGCAACAGACAGGAGGAUUCGUCUAAGCACUAAAACUGCCGGGUCCCUCCCCCCUCUCUUUAUCUUCCCUCCCUCUUCCUACACAGUUACGCACGUCUGCUGGCGUAUACUGUGUUUUAUCCCCACGCCCACUUUUCCGUUUUGAACGUAAAUGAAAUAAGCUUUAUACACAGGUGAACGCUGUCAGAUCUGAAACACGUCGAGCCCAGAUUUUGUUUGGGAAGAUUCAACCCUGAAACUCUUGGACAAUUUCGAGAGAUGUGCAGUGUAUGGACAAAAGUAUUGGGACACCCCGUCUAAUUCAUGAAGCAAUGUGUUUCAGCCGCAACAAUUUCUAACAGGUGUAAUUACUCAAUUAUAUAAAGGAAAUUAUAUACUUCCAACUUUGCAGCAACAGUUUAGGGAAGGCCCUUUCCUCUUCUAGCAUGACUGUGCCCCUGUGCACAAAGCAAGCUCUAAAAAGACAUGAAGCAAAGCUCGGUUUAAAGAAACUCCCGUGUCCUGCACAGAGUCUUGACCUCAGCCCCUCUUGGGAUUAACUGGAACAUUAAUUUAGGCUUUAUUGACCGACAUCAGUGCCCAGCCAUACACAUGUUGUUCUAUCUAAAAGAGAUCACAUAGGGGACACUCUAGGUCAUUUUAAUAAUACUUGUUUUUAAACUGGUUUGUCUAACAAGCUCAUGGUCAGGUGUCCAAAUACUUUUGGCCAUAUAGUUAUAUCCAGCUGAUCAGUGCAUCCCAUACUAGAGAUGGACCUGAUGACUUGUGUCAGCAGUCUAAUAAAGUCAAACCUUUUAUUGAUUUUUAAUGUCAUCCGAGCCAGCGUACACAAAGUAGAAGAGCUGAGCAACAAGUUUAAUGCUUUUCACCAAAUGUAAUUAUAAUAUGCAGCCGAUUGUACUGAUUCAUACAUAGUUCUGCAUAUUUCAGUCAUUUGCAUGCUGCUUUGAAGCACAACAACUGGGAUCAUAUAAACGCGCCUUAUACAGUCAUACCCAAGGACUAGAAACGCCAGGAACGACCGUACAUAUAAUAGACAGAAUUUCUGGCAUCGUCUUAUUUCUAUAGCUGGAUCAGCUUGUAAUAAUGAGCAUAAAUACCUGCACACACACACACACACCAGUCUGAACAGAUGCAGCCCUGGCAGCAGUGACCCAGGAGCAGAUUUAAAGGUUGCACCUCCACCUUUUAUUGCCUUUUUCCAUUGCAUGGUUCCCUACAGUAUAAUACUGUACGCAUCCAAAUCCAGAGCUAUCUGUAGCGUGCCUGAAAGCUGCUGUCUGUUUCCGAAUGCUAUUGAAAGCAGUAACUGUAAACAGGGUGGUAGCUCUGGGGUUAGUGUACAGGACUAGUAAUCAGAGGGUUGCUGGUUCAAGCCCCACAUCUGCCAGGUUGCCACUGUUGGGCUUUUGAGCAAGGUCCUUUACCCUCAAUUGCUUGCAGUGUUUAUGGUCACAAUUGUAAGUCGCUUUGGAGAAAAGCGUCUGCUAAAUGCUGAAAAUGUAAACGUAAGCAAUAGCAGUAGCACCAAAUGUGAUUUUCAGUUUGCCCUGCUGCAGUUGCGGUGUUUCAUUUACAAGUUGCUCGGGUGGCGCAGCAGUUAUGAUAGCCCUCUACCUUUGGGAUCCGGUUUCGAACAGCGGUGCUAUCUCCUAGCCAGGUGUCUACACAAACAUGAUUGGCUAUAUCUGAUCUGCUUUAAUCUUGACCAGGAUAAGGCUUUUGGUGUACAUUAAAUUAGGAAAAUGUUUUCAGGAAACCACUUCAAUAAAAUCUACUGUGGUGUACCAUGCAGUGGAAAAGGGCCGUGUAUUUACCACCCCUGCCUUCCCUGGCGUGGUCCAGGUCAGCAAGUACUCGAUGAUUAUUUAAUUGCAUAUCACAUGAAAAUGAGAUUUUGACACGAACGUGAUUUGGCAAAGAUGCAUCGUUCUCGUCUUGUAAACAUUUCUUCUGUUACUGGUUUCUCUCUAAUACAAGAAUACAAGACAAGUUCUUUUUUACCGCCAAUCAGAAUGUUUUUGUUAGCUGCCUUUGGACAAAUUUGGAAAUAUUUUAUUCAUGUUUUUAGUAAUAGUAGUAGAUACGUCCCAGUUUCAGUAGGUGAUGUAAGAAUAAGAAAAUCCUGAUUAAGUAAACCUUCUGUAUUGUUUAAGAAAUCAUUUGUUAAAAUAAAAAUAAUUGUUUUUACCUUAA